UUAGUGCUCGCCGCGCGCCCACGUAGUUUGGGUGGAGCUGCUCACCAUAACAACAUCGUCAAACAGCAAGACAAGACUGACAUGCCCAAGAAGAAGAAAGGAGGAAAGAAGAAAGGCGGAAAGAAAGGGAAGAAGAAAGGCCAGAAUGAUGAAGAGAGACUAGAAAUGAUCAAGAAGACAAAAGACCUACUUAAACUAUACACUUCAACAUGUGCAAAAGAAGAAAGCUCAACUGGAACUUACCUAGUCAGCAGUCUCAAGGAAUGCAUAGAAGAGGAGAAACCUUUAUCUAAAGCUAUUCUUGACCCACUUGCAUCUCAGAGAAUGACAGUUGCUCCUAGCUCUAGCUCUAAAGGUGUCGUUGCUAAAAAGAGAAGCAGCCCAAGUGUGACUGGACCAGCAACUGCUCCUGAAGUGGCUCCAGCAGUGCCAGCUGUAGCUAGUACAAUGUCACCUAAAAUCAAGUUAAAGCCAUUACUUCGCUGUUUUGGUGAAGUGAAGUAUCAUUACAUUCGAUGCUUGCAUUUGUGGUACAUGCCACUUGCUGAAGAGGAUUUAGUGUCUUUGGCACUGUUUAUGGCCAGCCCUGUUGGCACUCAAAUUAGAGUGUUGGAUUUAACUGGGAAUUAUCCUACUACUUGGGGCAUUAAAAGAUUAUCAAGAUCAUUUGUAAAAAGUCAACUUGUGCAUUUAACACUAGAUUACAAUAGGCUAAGUGCAGAUGCUGUUGAUGUUCUUUGUCAAAAUUUAAAGGACUGUCUGACUUUACUCUCUCUUAAUUUAAACUAUUGUCACAUGACUCCUGAAUGCGGAGAACCUUUAGGACUAUUAAUAUCAGCAUCACAAAUAAGACACCUUGGAAUCCAAGGAAAUACGUUACAGAGCAGGGGAGUACAAGCUCUACUCAGUUGCUUGGCUGUUGUAGCAGAGACAAGCGAAUCCAUGCCACUUUUAGGAAAACUUUAUUUGCAGGAUAAUGAGAUUGACGGAUGUGGAAGAGGAGGAGUAUUUGCACCAAUUAUGUGCAUGCAAAUACUGGGAAGGUGGCUGGCAAGGAGCAAGAGCAUUGAAGAAGUGAGACUAGAGGGAAACCUCAUAGGAGACGCAGCUGCUCGAGAACUAAUGCUAACAUUACAACAAAGGAAAGAAAUUGGCCUGCCAGCUAUAAAGGUUGGACUCACAAACAGGAUGUGUACAGAUGUCUUUAGUCAGCUAAUGGAGCUGACUGGUACUGCUGGUGGCAAGAAGAAAGGAAAAGGAAAGAAGAAGAAAAAAAAAUGAAAAAUAAUAUAAUAUGGCCGCUAUUAUAAUCAAAACCCUUUUGCUUCAAAUCAAUAAUGUUAUAUGUUGUGUAUUAUACAGAAUUUAAUUUCAAUUAUUCAACUUGAA